UUCUAAUUAAAGAUAAUAAAUAGCAAAAUAAUAAUAAUACUAAUAUUAAAAUAUGAAAAGCGUGAUUUAGAAUUUAUCUUCAGAAUUCGAAUGCGCAUGUUGAUGCGCGCUUGAUACUUAAAUGUCUAUUUUAAUCUGACUGAAAAGACCUGCCUUUCUUCUCUUUACUUUAGGCCUACACAAUAUAUUACGGCCAACUGACCUAUGCUAUUUUAAUAUUUAUGAAUAAUAAUAAUUAAAUUAAUAAUACAAUAUUUGUAUAGGGCUCGCUCAUAUUCAAUUUUAAAGAACAACAAUCUAGAUAGGUCUACCCUAUUUACGGAUCAUUGAAAUCUGUAAAGCCGGCCAAGGCUAAAAGUAAUGAAACUGGCUGUUCAAUAUUGGGCUGCCAACACUGACUUUGAUAAAACAGGCAGGAAAAAACGAUACGGUAACAAGACCAAUGAAUCGAGGAGACAAAGGAUUGCCCUUUACUUUUUAAACAAUAAUUUUCUGACGGUCUAUAUGGCAGGAUUGCCUAUUGAAGAAUACUUUGUAUCGAGGGGACUCUGUCAUAGACAAGGAUUAAAAAACUGCUGAAAAAUAGUAAAUUAAUACAGUAUAUAAAAUAUGAAAUGGAAUAUAAAGUAGGGAAAUAAUAAAAAAUCAAUAUCUAUAAAUAUAGUUACAUGAAAUUCAGCUGCUAAAACGAUUAAAUUAAACUACAGGAGGCCGCUAACUGUAUUACACUAUACGACCAUACACAGGCAGGAAAGUUUUGGACACGGAAUUUUUUUUUUUAUCUAUGGUUCUGUCUUCUCUUCAGCCAGAACCAUAUAUAUAUUUCUAUCUAUGGCUCUGUCUUCAGCGGUCGAAUAGCGCCCUCAAACAUCAACAGAGAUAGAGAGAGCUGAGGGAGAUUGGCGGGUACCGGCGAAAGUUUGCACUGCGAUUGUCCAUAUCCAGGGGCCAAGAUUAAGAAUGAUGUCUAUGAAUAAUUUGUUUUACAGUAUGCAAGCUUGGAGAUUGCUCAAUCGUGGUGGUCGAUUACUACACCUUUCCCCUUCUCAACACAUACAGAAAUUAUCAUCAAGAAGCAACCAACUUGGCUUUUGUCAGGUAUUAGCAGCUUUUACUCAAAUACAAAGAUCGUAUACUGAACGAGCAAAUUAUAUUCAUGUGGAACAAGAUGCAGACAUACAGGACAUUUCGAUUUUACGAUUUGAUCGUAAACCAGUGAAUGGUCUCAACAAAGACUUUUUGAUUGAGAUGGAUAUGGCCCUCGAGAAAUUAGAAAACAACCCCAGCUGUCGUGGCGUCAUACUAACCUCAGCAUUUCCAAAGAUUUUUUCAGCAGGUCUUGAUAUUACAGAAAUGUACCAAAAAUCACAUGAUUAUACCAAUGCAUUCUGGCGCAGUCUUCAGAACAUGUGGUUGAGGCUCUACGGCUCACGCCUUGUUACUAUGGCAGCCAUUAAUGGACAUAGUCCGGCUGGUGGCUGUCUAAUAGCAAUGUCAUGUGACUUGAGGGUCAUGGCUUCAGGGCCGUACACCAUUGGUCUCAAUGAAACUUUAUUGGGAAUUGUUGCACCUUUCUGGUUUAUGGAUACGAUGAAAAACACUGUUGGACAGAGAGAAACAGAGAUAGCUUUGCAGUUAGGAAAACUGUACAGCCCAGAGGAAGCACUGGAGAAGGGUCUUGUGGACAUAUUGGCUGCUGAUACUGAAGUGGUGAAUGUUGCCAAGUCACAUAUGGUAAAUUGGUUGAAAAUACCAGACCAUGCACGAGAAAUAAGCAAACAAAUGAUGAGAAAGAAAACUCUGGAGAAACUUAGGACCAGGCAAGAUGAUGAUAUUGCAUACUUCACAAACUUCAUUCAGAAGGACUCGAUCCAAAAAUCUCUAGGAAGGUACUUACAGAGUCUAAAGAAAAAGAAGUAAAUGUUAAUGGAAUAAAGGCGACUUUUUGUUGGUCUCGGAGUUGAUUUUUCCAAUGUUUAUUUAAAAAUAUUUCAAGAGGGUGGCUUUUAUGGAGAGCUGAAUCUUGAGGUACUUUUAUAUUCAAACAUACGAGUGUAUUAAUAAGCAUGCUAACAAUUAAAACAUGGUCAGAGAAACAUAUAUUAACAACUAAUAAAGUUAACAAUGACAGAUGUAGAGUUAAUCCAAUCUAAAGUAACAGUAAAUACAAGAACUCAUUAUAUCUAUUUACAUUGUUAUAGUUAUUAAAUCUUGAUCAACAUUAUAGUUCACCUUUUUAUUUUUUAUUUAGACAGUCUCUGAUUGUAUAAAGUACUUUAUUUUUUUCUUGUUCAUUUUUAUUUGUUUAACCACAUUUUAUAUUUACACACUAUUUAUUGAGACAAAUAUGGUCAGUGGUCAUGCAUUUUAAUGGUGCCUUGCACAAUGGCGCCUUGCGUCUGAAGAUGCUUUUAAACCACUAAAAGAAGAAAUUGAUGAGCAGAUGCGAAGGCGAAAGGAAGGUGCACGCCCAUUUACUGUAAUGGCGUGAUGAUGUCAAAAUUGUGAAAUGUGUCUUUAAUUGACAAUAAAAUGUUGGCAAUUUGAAUGAA